AUGGUGCGACACAAGAAAGACUUCGCCGCCAGAGGCAAGAAAUUCGGCGGCGGCCGUGGCGGCGGUGCUCCUCGCCAACCCCGCCAUCGAGACGACCAAGACGAUGAAUCCUCAGCAGGCCGCCCUGCCUUCAAGGCUGCCUGUUGGGAUUUAGGCCACUGCGAUCCCAAGCGAUGCUCCGGGAAGAAGCUCAUGAAGCUGGGCAUGAUGCGCGAGCUGCACCUCGGCCAGCGCCACGGCGGCGUCAUCAUUACUCCCAACGGCAAGAAGGUCAUUUCGCCGGCCGACAGAGAGCUCAUGGACCAGUUUGGUGCUGCCGUCGUCGAGUGCUCGUGGGCCCGGACCAAGGAGGUACAAUGGAAUAAGGUGGGUGGCAAGUGCGAGAGGCUGCUGCCGUAUCUCGUUGCCGCCAACACGGUCAACUACGGCAAGCCGUGGAGGUUGAAUUGCGUCGAGGCAUUGGCCGCUGCUUUUGCCAUCUGCGGUCACCUGGAUUGGGCAGAGCAGAUUCUGGCCCCCUUUUCAUAUGGACCAUCGUUUCUAGAAAUCAACUCGACUUUGCUCAAAAAGUAUGCGGCUUGCGCGGACGAAGCUGAAGUUAAGAAGGCGGAGGAAGACUGGAUGGAGAGGUUAGAGCAGGAAUAUGCCGAGAGCAGAGAGGAGGGUAAUGAUGAUAUCUGGACCAGCGGAAACACCAACAGAAGAGCACCAAUAAAUUCGGACGACGAUGAAGAGGAGGAGGAAGAUGAGGAUGAAGACAACACAGAUGAUGACGAAAACUCCGAAGAAGAGGGAAGCAUAGACGGCAUAUACUUGGGCAAACGGUCACCCAAGCAAAAAGACCAGGAUAAGGAGGCCGAAGAUGAAAAAGACGAGGACAAAGACCCAUACGCCCUAUCAGAUGACAGCGACGAUGACGCCGCCAUGGAAGAAAUCCGCCGCAAGGUGCUCGCCUCAAAAACUUUCACCAACCCCAAUCCCAACGCCGACGAGAAGCAAAAGCCAUCGACAAUACCCCGUCCACAGCAGCGCUUCAAGGCUGACCUAGACAUUGAGCCGGAUUCUGAUAACGACAAUGGCGGUGAUAGUACCGAUGAGGGAGGCGAGGGCAGCGACGGCGAUGACGACGAGUUUGACAACAUUAUUGCUGCGACGCCGGUCACGGAUAGGAUAGGGCUGGAGAAGCUGAAGAAGGAGAGGGCCAGGGCAGCGAUUACAACGAGGACGUUUUCGUCCAAUGUUGUUUCUGCGCCGAAUAGAUGGUAG